UCGUCUGACGGACACUCAACUGUUUUACUCGGUGGUGCCGACACGUCAUUCCAAGUCGCAAAUUAAUUAAGUGCAAAUUAAUUUAACCUGUUUGUCGUCUAGGAAUAUCGCCUUCCCCGUCGCGAGUCCCACCCACAAAGUUCAUCAUGGGAUUGACACUUUCCAGCGUGUUGUCUCGCCUUUUUGGGAAGAAGCAGAUGCGUAUUUUGAUGGUGGGUCUGGAUGCGGCUGGAAAAACUACAAUUUUAUACAAAUUUAAGUUGGGAGAAAUCGUGACGACAAUUCCAACCAUUGGGUUCAACGUCGAAACUGUGGAGUACAAAAACAUUUGCUUUACGGUGUGGGACGUGGGUGGCCAAGAUAAAAUCAGACCUUUGUGGAGACACUAUUUCCAGAAUACACAGGGUUUGAUAUUUGUGGUGGAUUCCAAUGAUCGAGAACGUAUAGGAGAAGCACGAGAAGAACUAAUGCGAAUGCUGGCAGAGGAUGAACUACGUGAUGCUGUUUUGCUCAUCUUCGCCAAUAAGCAGGAUUUGCCAAAUGCAAUGAAUGCUGCAGAGAUAACGGACAAACUUGGGCUACAUUCAUUACGAAAUAGAAACUGGUACAUACAAGCUACGUGUGCCACGUCAGGAGACGGUUUAUAUGAGGGUUUGGACUGGUUAUCAAAUCAGCUGAAAAAUGCUAAUCGUUAAUUUAUCAAAUCGUCUAACUAAAAAUCAAGUCUGGCUGUAAAAAAAUCCAUUUGCUAGGAAAAUAUUGUUUAUAAUGAAUUAGUGAAUAAGAAGUACUCGUUAGAACGAGUAAUAUCUUCCAUAAACCUCCACCUCAUAGGCAAAUAAGCUCCAAAAUCCGUAUGUUGUACCAAUUUGUCAAUUCAACACUUGUAUAAUUUUUUGAAAUCUGUAAUCAAAGAAAAUCCGAUAUUCUACCAAAUACAAUUUUACCAUGAAGGUAUUUUACCCUUUCCUAAUCUAUGUCACGCAUAUAAGAAUGAAAUUUAUUGGUAAUACAUUACAUAUUAUAUAAUAUCAAAUUGCUUCUUAUUAUUAUUUUAUUGGGAUCGGAAGAAUAGGCAUUUUGCUUUUUGUGAUGAUACCUUCUAGGCAGACAAAUAUGCUGUAUCAUCUUGUACCUAUGUUACUAUAUUUAUGUAUAUCGGAAGGCGUUAACAAUGAAACAUAAAAGUAGAUAAUGGCACCGCGAUAGAGUUUGUCAGUAGAUGUAACAUUGUUACCAACAUAGGAUCAAGGCUAAAUACAACAAACGGAACAGAUUGUGUUAAUAAUUUUCAUAAUUUUCCAUUCAAAAAGUAGGUAUGUAGGUAAAUGUAUCGGCGUGUGUUAUCACUUUUGUUUUGACAUCAUCAGCAUAAUCAAUUUUAGAGUAUGAAUAUAGUUUCUCUAAGCUAUGCUCCUAAAUAUAUAGCAUUUAUAUUCUAUAAUUUAUUUGCUAAAUGUUUUCCGUACGAGUGGAAACAUGUUAAGCCAAUGAUGUCUGUUGCAUAAUUAUUUAUUAAAUUACAUAGUACUGGUAUCCUUUCAUCUAAAGAAUUUGAACAAUGAGAAGAAGCAUUUUUCAAAUUCCAUCCAAUAAUUUAAAUAAUACUUCUAAGCUGACAACAGUUAUAAUACAUAAAAUAGUAGUAAAAUAAUUACAAUAAAAUAAGGUUUAGAUUUAAUUAAAAGUACUUGCGAAUGUAAUCAGUUAGGAUAUUAAUGUUUAUUUUCGUUCAAAAAAAUGGCAUAAUGUAAGAGAUAAUAAUAUUGGUAAGCGGUUUUGCAUAAAAGUUUGCGGCUGAAAAUGUCGUACGACUCUCAAUUUUUAAACAUGUUUUAUCUAUCACCUACUGUCAAUAAACAUUCAAUCGUAUUUUA